AUGCCCAAGGACCCGGCCAUAUCCAUGAGUUUUCGUUCUUGGGAAACGUACGUGUAUCCGAUGCUUCCGUCAACGACCCGACAUGUGUGGGCGGUCAAAAUAUCGACCCAGUUAGAGGAGCCGAGAUAUGUCGUUCUGGGAUUCCAAACUCCAAGAAUAAACGAUCUCCAGAAAAAUGCUAGCGAAUUUGAUCAUUGUCGAAUCAGAGAUGUGAAACUCUUCCUCAACUCGCAGUGUUAUCCGUAUGGAAAUUUGAAUCUCGAUAUAUCCAAUAAUCAGUACGCCAUUCUCUAUGACAUGUAUGACCAGUUUCAAACGGCCUACUACAACAAAGAAGCCGAACCUUUGUUAUCGAAGCGUGAAUUCAUAGACCAAGCUCCCCUUAUCGUUAUCGGUUGCUCGAAACAGAAUGAAUCGUUGAAAACCGGACCGGUGGAUAUUCGAUUGGAAUUUGAAGCGAGCGUAGAAUUUCCCGCAAACACUGCAGCCUAUUGCAUGAUCUUGCACGAUUGUAUCAUCGAGUACAGCCCGAUUAGUGGCACGGUCAAGGAAUUAGUAUAA